CGGACGCCUGCCUUUCCUCCGGGAGCCGCGCCGAGCCCGCACUCACUUCUUUCCUUUUCCUGAAUUUGAACCACCGGACCCACCGUCUCGUAGUCCACGCGUGAGGCCUGGGGCGAUGGACCCGUUUACGGAGAAGUUGCUUGAACGAACCCGUGCCAGACGAGAGAAUCUUCAGAGAAAAAUGGCUGAGAGGCCCACGGCAGCGGCAAGGUCUGCACUACAUGCUAAGCGAGGCAGAGAGCCACUUUCAGAAGCAAGUAAUCAGCAGCCCCUAUCAGGGGGUGAAGAGAAAUCUUGUACAAAGCCAUCACCAUCAAAAAAACGAUGUUCUGACAAAGCUGAACUCGAAGUUUUGGACUUAGAAAAUAAAGAACCUGUUGAGUCAGCUGCUGCAAAGCCUUGUUCUCCAAGGCCUGUGCCCCUUCAAGCAGAGCCCCCAGCACCAGCUGCCGUCAGUGAUUCUGUGGCUGCCCCAGUAUCUCUGCUCAGCAUGGGAAGAGGGCUGAGCUCAAGAUCAGAAGCCUCUGCUGCCUCCUCAGUGAAAACUCGAAUGCAGAAGCUUGCUGAGCAACGGCGCCAUUGGGAUAGCGAUAUAGCAGAUGAUGUACCAGAAAGCUCACACUUAUCACCAGUGCCAUCUGAGGAAAAGGCUGCUUCACCUUCCAAGCCACCCCUUUCAAAUGCCUCAGCUACCCCAGUUGGGAGAAGGGGCCGUCUGGCCAACCUUGCUGCAACGAUUUGCUCCUGGGAAGAUGAUGUAAGCCACUCAUCUGCAAAGCAAAAUAGUGUACAAGAACAGCCUGGUACCACUUGUUUAUCCAAACCUUCCUCUGCAAGUGGAGCAUCUGCUAGCAUCAAUAGUGGCAGUGUUCAGCAGGAAGCUACAUGCUGUUCCCAAAGGGAUGGCAAGGCCUCUGUCAGUAAAGCCCCAUCUUCAAGUGCUGCCGAGGGACCAUUGCUUAAAGCCUCAGCGUCCAGCUCUGUGAAAGUGACAUCUUCCCCCGUGAAAUCUGCUACGCUCAUCCCAAGUACUAAGAACAGUGAGGCACAAAAUGCUGAGCUACUUCACAAAACUACUAGUCCUCUGAAAACAGAGGCAUUGAAGCCGAGGGAGAAACCAGCUUUACCCCAGGCAGUUGAGGCCAACGAGGAAACAGACAGGGAAGUUUGUCUGCAGUCCCAACCCAGAGACAAACCUGCAACACCAGGAGGAAGAGGAAUUAAGCCUUUUCUGGAACGCUUUGGAGAGCGUUGUCAAGAACACAGCAAAGAAAGCCCAGCUUAUAGAGCAUCUCAUAGAACCCCCAAUAUCACUCCAAAUACCAAGGCCAUCCAGGAAAGAUUAUUCAAGCAAAACACAUGUUCAUCUACUACCCAUUUAGCACAGCAGCUCAAACAGGAACGUGAAAAAGAGCUAGCGGGUCUUCGUGGUCGAUUUGACAAGGGCAAUUUAUGGAGUGCAGAGAAGGAUGAAAAGUCAGGAAGCAAACAGCUAGAAACCCAACAGGAAAUUCACUGUCAGAAUACUCCCCUCAAGAAACAUCAAACUGUUUCAAACACCCCAUCGAGUUCUGUAACAGAUAAAGUGGCGGAAAGUCAAACUGCAGUGAAGAUUUCUAGUGCAGAGCCUUCAGGUUCCACUGAAAGCAAAAUGACAAAGUCCAGCCCUUUGAAAAUAACAUUGUUUUUAGAAGAGGAAAAGUCUUUAAAAGUCUUGUCAGACCCGAAGGCUGAGCAGGAGACUGAAGUAGUACGGGAAGUUGAGAUGAGUGUGGACGAUGAUGCUAUCAAUAGCUCCAAAGUCAUUAAUGACAUCUUUAGUGACGUCCUAGAGGAAGGGGAACUGGAUAUGGAAAAGAACCAGGAGGAGAUGGAGCAAGUGGGAGCGGAGAACAUCGAGGAACAGGAGGAUGCACUGAACAUCUCUUCAAUGUCUUUACUUGCUCCGUUAGCCCAGACGGUCGGGGUGGUAAGUCUAGAGAAUGUAAUUUCUUCACCCAAAUUGGAGUUGAGAGACACAAGCCCAGGUGCUGCAAGCCCCAAACCAGGAAAGUUCCAGAGACCCCGUGUUCCUCGAGCUGAGUCUGGGGACAGUAUCAGCUCUGAUGACCGUGACCUUCUCUAUAGCAUUGAUGCUUAUAGGUCUCAAAGAUUCAAAGAAACAGAGCGCCCUUCCAUAAAGCAAGUGAUUGUUCGAAAAGAAGAUGUUGCUUCAAAAUUGGGUGAAAAGAAUAAUGUCUAUUCUUGUCAAGUUAAUAUCAAACAAAAAAUGCAGGAGCUCAAUAAUGACAUAAAUUUGCAGCAGACCGUGAUCUAUCAGGCCAGCCAGGCUCUGAACUGCUGUGUUGAUGAAGACCAUGGGAAAGGGUCCCUGGAAGAAGCUGAAGCCAAGAGACUUCUUCUGAUUGCAACUGAGAAGAGAGCACUUCUGAUUGAUGAGCUGAAUAAGCUGAAGAACGAAGGGCCUCAGAGGAGGAAUAAGGCUGGUGUCCUGUCUCAGAGUGAAUUUGUUCCAUCCAGAGGGUCUGUCACUUUGUCAGAAAUCUGCUUGCCUCUGAAAGCAGACUUUGUCUGCAGCACCGCUCAGAAACCAGAUGCAUCAAAUUACUAUUACCUAAUUAUGCUAAAAGCUGGAGCUGAGCAUAUGGUCGCCACACCAUUAGCAAGUACUUCAAACUCUCUUAGUGGUGACGCUCUGACAUUUACCACUACAUUUACUCUGAAUGAUGUUUCCAAUGACUUUGAAAUAAAUGUUGAAGUUUACAGCUUGGUACAAAAGAAAGAUUCAUCAGGCCUUGAUAAGAAGAAGAAAGCCUCCAAGUCCAAGGCUAUUACUCCAAAGAGACUCCUCACAUCUAUAACUUCAAAAAGCAACCUUCAUUCCUCAGUGAUGGCCAGUCCGGGAGGCCUUGGUGCUGUGCGCACCAGCAGCUUUGCCCUGGUUGGAUCCCACACACUGUCCUUAUCUUCCGUCGGAGAGACUAGGUUUGCUUUGGACAAGAUAAAUUUUGAUGUAAGAGAGCAGGAGGCACUGGGCUAUUUGUUCCAGGAAAAGGUACCUUUUUUAUCUCCUUUGGAAGGUCAUAUCUGUUUAAAAAUCAGCUGUCAAGUGAAUUCAAGUGUUGAGGAGAAAGGUUUCCUAACAAUAUUUGAAGAUGUUAGUGGCUUUGGUGCCUGGCAUCGCAGAUGGUGUGUUCUCUCUGGAAACUGUGUCUCCUACUGGACUUACCCAGAUGACGAGAGGAGAAAGAAUCCCAUAGGAAGGAUAAAUCUGGCCAAUUGUAUCAGUCAUCAGGUAGAACCAGCCAACAGAGAAUUUUGUGCAAGACGCAACACUCUGGAAUUAAUUACUGUCCGACCACAAAGAGAGGACGACCGAGAGACUCUUGUCAGCCAAUGCAGGGACACACUCUGUGUCACCAAGAACUGGCUCUCUGCUGAUACUAAAGAGGAGCGGGAUCUCUGGAUGCAGAAACUCAACCAGGUGAUUGUUGAUAUCCGCCUCUGGCAGCCUGAUGCUUGCUACAAGCCCGUUGGGAAGCCUUAAAGUGUGGGAACUUCCGCAUCGUGGAGAGGCUUCGAGAGCUGUGUCAAAAAGUGUCUUAAGAAGACAUAGUUAGGAGCAUCAGAUUUACAAGUUGUAUUUUAUGCUUUAAAUGUAAAAGGGUCUGUGCAAAUAUUCACUACAUAUGCAGUAUUUAUAUCUUUUCUAUGUAAAACUUCACCCAGUUUCUCUUGCAUUCAUAAGUGUUUGACAGUCGAUUCAUGAGUCUCAUUUUCUAGAAACCUAAUUAGCCAGUUUUUCAUGACAAAAAAAAAAAAUCUUAAUCAAGUUCUGAGUUGUCCUUUGGAGCUUUGCUUUUGAGGUAUCAAGGUCCCCCUCGGUCACAAACAGAAACCUCUGGUUUGAUGAUUCCCUCUCCAGCCUCAGUGGUUUUUUAAAAAGGUUGUGAUCAUUCAUGGCUCAUGAUAUGACUUGUUGCUAUAGUACUGAAUACACUCUCAAAGAGUUUUGCAGAAACAUGUUUAGUGAUAGGAUGAGAAAAGACAACAAAAGCUUAUUAGUUUAAUAUGGACUUGGGGCUACUUUCUGAAGAGAUGUGGAGAUAGUGACACUAUGUGAUAUUUGGAGCUAAGUGUUUUGUAUAGAAGCAUUAAAAAUCACAUGGCUUGCAUUCACUCCGUUUCUAUUUAUGCAGUGUGGUGCACAUUUUCAUAGUAUUCAAGCUUUAUUAAAUAGUUAUUUUUUCAUCUAGCUUAGGGAUUCCUCAUAUUAACAUAUUAAUUUUUCCUCUUAUCAUAAGAACAAAUAUAAAUUGAAGAACAUUUACAUAAAAAGAUUUAAACUUUUACCAAGCUGCUGUGAACUACUACUUUGCUUGCCAAAGUUCUUGUCUUUUUCUUUCCUUUCAAAUCCAUCUAUGACAGUUUCUAGAAGUGUUUUGAGAUCAUUGAAAAAAUAGUAAGCCAUAUUACCUCUAAAAGCCCAAUACCUUCUUGCAAUUUAGAAAUGUUGAAAUACAUGGCUUCAGUUUUUAAAUACAGUUUGAAUUUCUUCUCUGACUGUUAAUUAUUGAUGGUUUCAUUUAUAAACACUAAAUCCUAUCACCUGCCAUUAUAUUUCUUACUCAUCUAAAUGUGGUUUUUCUUAUGUAUAUUACAAAAAUAUUUUAUGACUGCCUACAUAAAUAAAUAAUUGUAAAUGGUCAAAAGAAUCAUUUAAGAAAUGCUGUGUGUGGUGUAAUUGCUGGGUAUGUCUUGGUUGCACUUGGAGCAUUGUGUUGACAGUACCCUCCAUGUUUUCCUCUCCAGCCUAAUGCUUCCCUUACUGAACAUAUUUGGUGGUGGGGUUAAAUGAGCAGGGAUUCCCAGAACGUGGUGAAGGAGUGUGUAUGUGGAGAGGCAGUGAAUGAGACUGACAGUGAUCAGCAGCUAGAACAAGGGACGAACUGAAUGGGACUGAGGAGGUGGUUCUUUAUACUACUGUUGAUUUUCAAAUAGUCAUUGCCUGUUGUGGUACAGAAAUGAAAGAGGCACUACAAAGUUAAAACCAAAUGUCUUCUCUUGUUCUCAGACCUACUUUUUUCACUUUUGUGUGUUUGCUGGAGCCUGCCAACAGUCAGCUGGGUAUCUGGUUGAGGGCGUGAGGAUUGUAGAGACAAUGAAGAAGACAGAACAGAGUUGAGAGGUCUGCCGGUCAGUGCCGGACAGUCCUGAGUUUAUUUCACAGCCAGCUUAUGUACAGUCUUGAAGGACAGAGGUAGAACAAUGCACAGCACAGGCAUUCAACCACUGUCUAUCCUGCCUGUGUCAAGGAGCAGGCAGUUUCAUUUUCUAUCUCAGCGUAUCUCUAGCUGUCAGCAGCAGCCUGCAUCUAGCUAGAUAGUAUGUUCUUUCCCAUGGGCUAAUCAGGUCUUUCUCACAGCCCUGGAGCAAACAAGCUUGAACUCUGUUGACUCAGAAUAGACUUCAGAUUCAAACUGGAAAACUGAGUCAGUUGUGGGCUCCCACAUGUAUUGCAUGCAUAUUUGUUACAAAUAUAUAUAGUCUUUUGUACAGAAAUGUUCCAUAUAUACUGUUUAUAAUGUAAAGAAAAAAAACAAGUAUGUCUUAAAGCUUGUCUGAUUUUCAUAUAUAUAAUUUUAUAUAUGGAAUUCAAUUUUAGAAGUUUAGUGUAUAUGUUGCUUACUUUUAAUGGUUAAUGAAACAGUCUAAAAUCACCUCAGUUAGAGAAUCUUUUUGGUUUUUCGAGACAGGGUUUCUCUGUGUAAUAGCCCUGGCUGUCCUGGAACUUGAUUUGCAGACCAGGCCUGGCCUCAAACUCACAGAGAUCCACCUGCUCUGCCUCUCAGGUGCUGGGAUUAAAGGCGAGUGCCACCACCACCUGACUUGAGUAGGGAAUCUUAAUGAGGAACUGUCUAGAUGAGGUUGGCCUGUGAACAUUCUGUGGGGGACAUUACUGUGUGUGUGUGUGUGUGUGUGCAUUAGUGUAAGCAUGUGCAUGCACAGGAGGACAUCGAAUUCUCUGGUGCUGAGAAUCAAACUCGAGUCUUGUGCAAGAGCAGCAAGCACUCUUGAGCACUGAACCAUCUCUUUAGCCCCGUGAGUGUUGUUCUUUAUUGGGUUUAAUUGAAGUGGAAUGUGGGGCAGCACCAUUUCACAUACAUGCCGGUCUCUGGACUGAAUAAAAGAGACAGCUGAGCCCUAGGGUUCAGGAAUUACUUCACUGCUCUCUGCUCUUGACUGACUAGCGUCUUCAAGUUCUGCAGCCUUGGCUUCCUAGCAGUGAUGGACUGAAACCUGGGAUUGUGAUCCAAUAAAUUCUUUCUCACUUGG